AUGAAUCGCUUUGUUGUAUUGGUUGCAGUGGUUAUCAUAGCUUUACCAACAAAUAAUUGGAUCAAAAGGAUUGAAAGGUUUUAUGUGUUUGACGACAAACUGGGAGUUAAUAUGUUGUUUGUGACCAAAGAUGAUGAUCGGGUCUAUGGAUUGGGUGCUAAUCUCUGCGGAUCACUGGGUUUGGGACACAACCAGUGGGUGAGUGAACCACAAGAGAUCAUUGAAUUGAGACAUAAAAAGUGUAUUAAUUUCAUAAAUGGUGAAGAAUUUAUUGUUUGUGUGUCGAGUGAUAAUUGUUUGUAUAGUUGGGGUUAUAAUAGAUUCGGACAAUUGGGUUAUAGAAGUGAUGAUAAGGAAUAUAACAAACCAAUGAUUAUACAAAUCAAUGAAAACAAUGAUUUAAUAUGUGAUGUUAGUUGUGGUUCAUAUCAUACAUUAGUUGUAACCGAAAAUAAUAAUGAAGUGUAUGGUUGGGGUCGCAAUGAUUUCGGACAAAUCGGUAGUCAAAACACUGAUUCUGAUGCCAUCAUUAGACCCGAAAAAAUUGUUUUUGAUGUCAAUUAUUGUAUAAAAUCUGUUCAUUGUUUUGAACAAUCAUCGUUUGCACUGACAAUGGAUGGACAGGUGUUUAGUUGGGGACAAAACUGUAACAAUAUAUUAGGACAUAAUAAUAAUAAUAAUAAUGAUAGGAUAUGUUUGCCACAAUUAAUCAGCAAUUUGUUUGAAUUAAAAAUGAAAACACCAAAUGAUUGGAUCAAAAUUAUUGACAGAUUUUAUGUAUUUGAUGACAAACUCGGAGUUAAUAUGUUGUUUGUUACCAAAGAUGAUCGGGUUUAUGGAUUGGGUGCUAAUUAUUGGGGAUCACUAGGUUUAGGACACAACCAGUGGAUGAGUGAACCUAAAGAGAUCAUUGGAUUGAGACAUAAAAAAAUUGUUAAUUUCAUAAACGGAUCUGAAUUUAUGAUAUUUGUUUCGAGUGAUAACAGUUUAUAUAUUUGUGGUUUUAAUAGAUGGGGACAGUUGUGUCAAGGAAAUGAAGAUUUUGAAACUAAAAAACCAAUGAUUAUACAAAUCAACGAAAAUAAUGAUUUAAUACGUGAUGUGAGUUGUGGUUCAUUUCACACAUUAGUUGUAACCGAAAAUAAUAAUGAAGUGUAUGGUUGGGGUAAUAAUACAAUCGGACAAAUCGGUAGCCGAGACACCACUUGUGAUGCUAUUACUAAACCAGAAAAGAUUGAAUUCAAUGAUAAUUAUUGUAUAAAAUCUGUUCACUGUUUUGAUUGCUCAUCGUUUGCACUGACAAGUGAUGGACAGGUGUUUAGUUGGGGUUACAAUAGUAGAAAUCAAUUGGGACUUAAUAGCAGUGAUUUGAUAAUAUUUAGACCACAAUUGAUAUGCAAUUUGAAUGGCAUUACAUCAAUACAAUCGGGUUUUGGAGAAACAUAUUUUAGUAGUAGUUAUAAAAAUGAAAACAUAUUUUUGUUUAAUGAAUGA